GGCAAUUGCUCCAUGAACAAGCUUUAAAACGAACCAGAGCUUACACCCCUCUCAAAACCUUUGCAAAUGAUAAGCUAAGCCAUUUAUCCGAAUCGCAAGCGCUGAAAUUGGUCAUCAGUCGCUGUGUGGAACCCCAUAAGUUUGUUUGAGCUGAAGUGAUUUAUAUUGACAAUGGAAAACAAAGAUGAUGAGGUGAAGAAAUCACAAGUUGUGGAGGCCAGGGCAAGAAAUAUCAGCCACAAUGUGCGAUGUACCGAGUGUGGGAGUCAGUCCAUUGAAGAUUCACAAGCGGAUAUUGCAAUUCUCCUCAGAAAGUUAAUCCGCGAUGAGAUUCGAUCUGGAAAGAGUGACAAAGAGAUUUACAGAAAGCUUGAAGAAGAGUAUGGAGAGACAGUACUUUAUGCCCCUAAGUUCGACCUGCAGACUGCAGCCUUGUGGCUAUCACCACUUCUUGUUGCAGGUGCUGCUGCAGGGGUGUGGGGUUACAAAAAGCACAGGCAAAAGACGAACGUUCAUAUCAUGGCGUUGAACCUUGUUAGAGGUGUUCCAUUGACCCCAAAGGAGAAAGAAACUAUGCUAGACCUCCUCAUACCUCCCCCACAAGGACUUGCACCUUCUUCCUUCUGGAGCCGGUGGCGAGGUCGAUGAUGUUAUUCAAUUUUCUAUCUACUUUUUUACUGGACCUUGUAGUUCCUUUUGAUGUUGAAGACGAACCAACAUUAUUGACGAAAGUUUCGUAGUUAAUUAAUGUGAAAUUCAGUCAAAAAUCAAGAUCACAAAUGAACAGUGAAGCUAGGGUUAGUGGAAGAUCGUCCACGUCUUUUGUACAAUCACGAUGUGAUUGAAAUAAAUAUAUGUCAAAAAAUAUAUUUAUUAAAAAUUUAUGCAAAAAUCGAAUGGAACUUUUAUUAAAA